AUGUUCGUUAAAAGCCUUAGCGUACAAACUGGUAUAUCGGAAUCAGUUCUUCGAUUAUUACUUUCGAUUUUAUUUGCUUACCCAAUAUCUCUCUUAUAUAAAUUGACACUUGUUCGCCCUUUAAAAACAAAAUGGGCACCAUUUAUUCGUAAUCUUUACGUUGUCAUUACUGGCCUUUCUCUUUCUUAUUUUUACAAUGGACCUUAUAUUAAACAUUCAUUGAUAACUACUAUUACAACCUGGCUAUUCUGCCAUUUCGGAAAUCUUUUCGGGAAUCGAGCUUUUUCUACCGUUGCUUCUCUUCUCUUCAACGUGAUCUACCUUCUUGUAGGAUAUUACAUGACCGCAACUGAUGAAUAUGAUGUCAGCUGGACUAUGACACAAUGUGUUCUUUGUUUAAGAAUGAUAGGAUUCGCCAUGGAUUUCAUGGAUGGCGAAAAAUUAUUAAAGUCAAAACCGCCUGUUAAUGCUAAAGAAAAUAGCGUUAAUACUAAUGAAAAGAGCAUUGAUACAAAAAACAAUUCACAAAAAACUGAGCUUUCAGUUAAUACGCGUCCUCAAAAACAACCGAUCUCAUUUGAAAAGAAUAUUCAACUAGCAACAUUACCAUCUUUAAUUGAAACUAUUGGUUAUGCGCAUUUCUUUGGUGCUUUCCUCAUUGGACCACAAUUCUCUUUUCAUCUUUACCGAAAAUUCAUUACCAUGUCAUUAUACCCUGAUCCUACAAAUAUUCCUUCAGGGUCUUAUUGGUAUGCGUUGAAAAGUUUCUUACUUGGUGCACUAUAUUUAGGAGUGCAACAAGUUGGAGCUGGAUAUUUUCCACAAUACUAUUUGAUAACUGCUGAGUAUGCAAGAGCGUGCGUUCUAUCAGGAAUUUCUUUUAAUGGCUAUGACGAUAAUGGCAAUGCCGAAUGGAACGGUAUGGCAAACGUUGAAAAGUGGAAUUUUGAAUUUGCUACAUCUCUUACACAAAUAAUUGGAUCCUUUAACACAAACACCAAUUUAUGGACAAAACUUUACAUAUUUAAACGACUUAUCUUUCUUGGGAAUAAACAACUAUCUUCCAUAAUAUCAUUAAUAUUUCUCGCACUUUGGCAUGGUCUUCAUUCUGGUCAAUCUUGUGGAUUACAAUAUGCUAUCGUUUCGUUUGGAUUAUUGAAAUGGGAUUAUGUCAUUGCUGCAUAUAAUUCUGUAUAUUGGGUAGGACACAUUAUAGUUUUUGGAUUAUUGUUUCUUGAUAUCAUUUUACCAAGACCAAAAGUUAAAAAAGUUGCUGAAACUAAUGGUAUUGCUAACGUUGAUAAAAAAGUUAAUGGUGUUGCUAAGGUUGAUAAAGAAACCAACGGUUUCACUAAGCUUGAUAGGGUUAAUGGUUAUAUUAAAAAUGACGCAAAAAUCGAAAGAUAG